UACUGCACAGGGAAACCCAAUACUGGCCGCUACCAUCACUUGGAAAAGCGGGGAAGGGGUGUAUGUCACGCUGUGAAUUAUGUAACUCGUUGUCGCAUUCAUAAGCUGCCAACUGAGAAACACCCCCGCGUCGCUGUUCGCCCUUCCCAAGGGUUGGAGUUGCUGACGUCACCGGUGCGCUGAUGUAAGAGCCGGUAAGAGAGGAGAAGUCCCACAUCUGUAGUUCUCAGUGUUGCCAUCCCGGACAGUUUGCUGUGCUUAUGGUAUUCUUAGAUCUCCCCUUAGAAUAGUGACCCUUCAUUUAUCCUUCCUCAAACCAACGCACCGCGUGAUGUAUCAAAGCCCGGCGAGCAGACUGUCUUCGGCGCUAAGAGACGCGUUAGUCCCGUGCGCAUCUUCUUUGCGCCAGCAGUCGCCAGUCAGGAGGAGAGCCAUCCCGACUCCAGGACAGGGGCCCCUGUUUGGGCUCAGCUGCUGCCACAGUCUUGCUGGCUGGAUCGGGGAAGCCCCGGGAGCAGGACAUAAUAGUUCCGCAGCGGCAGCCACAGCAGCAAGUGCGACUACAGGGACAGCGGCUAGAUCGGCCUCUAGAACUGUUUGUUCCAUGGGAAACAGCACCAGCAGACUGUACAGCGCUCUUGCCAAGACGCUUAGCAGUAGUGCCGCUGUGUCCCAGGAGUUACUGGAAGCCUCCCAGCAUGACCAGUCUGAGCCUCUGGAUCCCAAGGAGCUUCUGGAUGAGUGCCAAGUGGCCCUGCAAGACCGGCCGGCCCGGCUCCACCGAGACUUUUUCAGCCUGAGGAGCGAGUCAAGCAGCCAGCAGCCACGCACAUUUCGAGUGAUGCAGUGGAACAUUCUGGCACAAGCUCUUGGUGAAGGCAAAGACAACUUUAUAAUGUGCCCUAUGGAGGCCUUGAAGUGGGAGGAAAGGAAAUACUUGAUCCUGGAGGAAAUCCUGAUGUACCAGCCUGAUGUAUUGUGUCUGCAGGAAGUAGAUCACUACUUUGAUACCUUCCAGCCUAUACUGAGCAGAUUGGGCUACCAGUGCACUUUCUUGGCCAAACCAUGGUCUCCCUGCCUUGAUGUGGAACACAACAAUGGGCCAGAUGGCUGUGCCUUGUUCUUCCUGCAGGAUAGAUUCCAGCUGGUUAACAGUGCCAAAAUCAGGCUGUCGGCCAGAACCUUAAAGACCAACCAGGUGGCCAUUGCCGAGACCCUGCAGUGCUGUGAAACUGGAAGGCAACUGUGCUUUGCGGUCACCCAUCUAAAGGCACGGACGGGAUGGGAGAGGUUUAGGCUGGCACAAGGCUCUGACCUACUAGACAACCUAGAAUCGAUUACCCAGGGUGCCACAGUUCCACUCAUUAUUUGUGGAGACUUCAAUGCAGACCCUACAGAGGAAGUGUACAAAAGAUUUGCCUCCUCCAGCUUGAACCUAAACAGCGCCUACAAGUUACUGAGUGAAGAUGGCGAAUCCGAACCACCCUACACUACGUGGAAGAUCCGCACUACAGGAGAGUCAUGCCACACUCUGGAUUACAUCUGGUACUCCCAGCAUGCCUUGAGGGUAAACGCUGCUUUAGGUCUGCCAACUGAAGAGCAGAUUGGGCCCAACAGACUCCCUUCUUUCAAUUAUCCCUCCGAUCACCUGUCGUUAGUGUGUGACUUUAGUUUUAACGAAGACCCAGCCAGAUUAUUAUAAGGGCCUUCCUGUGUUCUUACUGUGAUUUGUGAUGUUUAGCAAGCGUGAGCGUAAGGACUGCUAAAGCUGUAACGUAAAUUAUCCUGUGCUAUAUACUUGAGAUUGACUUGGUGAACCUCUUCUAUUUAUUUAAUAAUUAUAUAGAAACACCCUUCAUUUAUCGAAGCUGCUAGGACAUUUGCAUUUUUUUUGCCAAAUAUCUUGCUAUAAAGGGUAAAUCACCUCGAAUUCUCCAGCCGAACAUUUGUUUUCCUUUAUUCCCUUGAGAUUGUUUAUGUUCAAACCAAAUGCCUUUAUCUGCAGAAUGAUGCACGUGUGUUGUUUGUAGGGCGGUGUUUGUCUGAAACGGCACAUUUCGUAGUUUUUAUUUUUUGUACAUGGAACAUUAGUUGCUUUACUAAUAAUCUUUAUCUAUGAUUCUGUACAAGUCUGUCUUGUGAUAUUGUGUAAAGCCAAAACAGCCAUACUAGGGGCGCUUUACGUUUACAGGCUGGCGAGUUUGAAGUGCAAUAUUUUUUAAUGGAUUUAUUUUGCAAUUUCAGGACUUCAGCAACGUUUCCAUCUGCACUUUGAUUGCUCCUGAGUAUUCAGCAGUGCUAGGAUAGUGUAACUGACAGCACUAUAAGCUAUUGAGGCAUUCCUUUCUUGUUGGGAAAAUGUUUUUCUAAAGUUUAUAUUUUAGUCCUUCGACAAACCGUUCUAAUAUGUUUUCUUUUAAUGAUUGUUAUAAAAUAAGGGCAGAGAUUAUUUUGAGUCCUGUUUAUUUACUUGUUUGUGGUUAAUAAAUACCUCACAGACAUG